AACUAUAUUAUGGCUCUGUUAUUCUACAGGGAACCAGCUUGCUGACAAUGGCAACCUCUCUGAGCAGCAUGCAGCCACCGGCAUGUGACGAUUUCCGGCUUAAAGAACACGAAUGCGUAUCGGCGAGCGGCGGACAGCUAUCAAUGCUGUUCGCAGCGCUGUACAUAAUCGCGGCCGGCGCGGGCGGUAUAAAGGCAAACGUGUCGGGUUUCGGGUCAGAUCAGUUCGAUAACAGUGACCCGAAGGAGGAAAGGGCGAUGGUUUUCUUCUUCAAUAGGUUCUACUUCUGCAUCAGUCUGGGUUCGUUGUUUGCUGUGACGGUGUUGGUUUAUUUACAAGACAAUGUUGGGAGGGGAUGGGGGUAUGGGAUAUCGGCGGCGACGAUGGUGGCGGCGAUGGUGAUUUUGCUCGCCGGAACGACGAGGUAUAGAUUCCGGCGGCCGCAGGGGAGCCCGCUGACGGUGUUGUUGCGGGUUAUGUGGAGGGCGAGGAGGAAGAGGGGAUUGGCUUAUCCAGAGCAUGUGCAGGAGCUUCAUGGUUAUGAGGCAGCCACCGCCCCACAUACUGACCGGCUCAGGUAGACCAUAAUUCCUGAAUUUUUUUUUUUU